GUGCUUUACGUCGACAUCGGCCCCCUCUUGUCCAACUGCACCGCUCCAGAGAGAGCCACGCCGUCAGCAGAGAGCUGUCCCACAGGCCCGUUCGUCCACGACAUCGCAUGCUCGACAGCAAAGGCGCGCCGCAAGCGGAUCUCGGCCCGAUCUCGCCCGAUCUCGCCCGAUCUCGGGUCACCUCCCGCCUGCCCCACCGCAAAGGUUUGCCGCACGGAGGGGCGCGACGACCUCGCAUGCCACAACACCGAGGGCGCGCGCAAGCAGCGCGGCGGCGGCACCUACCGGCCCGCCGCCAACCGGUCGCUGCUCGUGCACAACCUCAAGACGCCGAGCGGGUUUGCGUACGCCUGGGAGCACCUGCAGCAGGCGGACUUGCCCUACGACCACGAGGCGAGGUGCUGA